AUGCCCGAGCUGUCUGACCUGAGAGCGUUGUAUGCCUCUUAUAAGCCCGUCUUCGCUCCCGAGAACCGAAGUAUCAAAAGGAGCCGGAGACGUCCCACGGAGGCGCAGCCCUCUGAUGACGUUGAAGAUGAUACCGCCACCCAAGAUGUGAACCUUGAUGAUGGGGAAAUGUUCUCUCAGCUUUGUGCCGUUACGAACCUUGUCAAGGAGGGCCCAAGGAGCGGACUGUUCAUAAGCCAUGUUAACAUUGUCGAUGGGGUCAUCCGCGUCUUCCGAAAGUGGCUCGCCAAGAUGGCCAGUAGACAGGAUAAAUUCCAGUCCGACUCUGAGAAUAUCAUCUGGAUUGAUACGCACAAUACCGUUGGAAUACGAUUCAGUGUUGCACCGGCAGCAUCUGAAACGAUGCCACUGAUUUCAGGUCCAGAUGAUGAUCCACCAGUUCACUACAAGCUUGUAUACGAAGAAUUGCUCAUAAGAACGAGUAGUCUCCUCCUGGCCGUGGAGCAAUCUGCGGUGCAGGAAAUUGGAAACUCUGGAAAGACUCUUGUGAUUCACGGCGCAGCCAUGUAA